ACCCAGAAAAGAACAAUCGAUUAGGGCAUUGAACCAUUUUACGGUUAAUUUUAACUUUUGGUUGAAAUCUGACACUUGAGCGGUUAUUUUAUGUCGAGUAGUUAAAUUCAACUAAAACUGCGGCCCAUUUCAAAGUUUGGCGGAUGGAAAGUUAUUUGGGUUUAUCUUGCACUGGAAAUAAUUGUAACUAAAGAAUUGAUAUUAGAAUUAUCUUUGCAAUUUUUUUUCAGUGUCGGAAAAUAACCAUCGAUCUUUUAAAUUUAACCAUGCUUUCGAGCAGGGUUAUUUUUGACAACAUAAAAAUAACCGCUCGAGUGUCAGAUUUCAACCUAAAGUUAAAAUUAAUCGCGAAAUUUCAUUGCUCAUUCCGUCAUUUCGAUAAUGUGGGUGUGAUGAAACUAGCAUGAAAAUUGCUAGUGAUUUUCAUUUGAACCGUAUUUUUACAUGCAUAUUGCUGAUUGCUUUCAAAGCUGAACUUUUGACACAGUUCAUUAACCACAAUCUUUUUUGCUCAAUCAUGGUUGCCGAAAAAAAGUUGAGAAAAUCAACGAAAAGAAUAAUUUUUCUAUGCAGCUUUCUUCAAUAUCUUCAAAACUGGCAACCCUGCUUACAAAUUUGACAACGAGCAAAAAAGAAAAAACACAACCAUAUGAUUGUGUUGUCGUUAUAGGCGUCAGAGUUCUGUCAGUACAGAGCAGUUCUGUAUGAAAUGUUCAAAACGACCUAUGUAACAUUGAGAGUUUCUCUUUGUUUACUUUCUCUUUCGAUUAUUGCGAAACAUUCCUCCUUUUUUCGGUAAUUUCUCCAGAGCAGAUUAAAAGAUGAUAGCUUUAGUUAUUAUUAUCGGUAAAUAAUUGGAGAGAAUUAUUGCUAAGAGUGCCGUAAUAAUCAAAAGAGAAAGUAAACAAAGAGAAUCUCUUAUUAUUACAUAGGUCGUUUUGAACAUUUUAUACAGAGUUGCAGUUAUAAUCACACUUCUGAUCCAGCACACUUUCAUACUGUGCAGUUCGAUUUGGUGGGAACUGUGCAAUAACAUACUCAGUUUCUCGAUGACUCAUGUCCUGACUUCAGGAUUUCCUAUUGUAAAGCAUAUCAAUUCUAUUUACAUAAAUUUUCAGAUACAUACAGGUGAUCUCCCUCAGAAUCACACAAAAAAAUGGCUGCUAGUGAUUCUGGGGUGACAGCGUGUGAUCACCAUAAACGUCAACAAGAAAUAGUAACAAGUUUUGGCUGCAUUCAAAGAAGGUGUUUCUCGAACAAGAACACUGAACCACAAUUCUAAUGGUGGCCGUCGCGCCUCGUUGCAUUUUUUUCUCCCUGUCUUCCCAACAGAUAACCCGUUCGAUGAAACAAACACAACUAGCUAUAAUGAAAUUACGAGAAAAAAUACAUUUUAAGAUUUAAACUUUAGAAAAAGUUUUACAAAAUCAUAAACCUCGCAUUAUUUAUAAAUUAAUUAAAUUUUAAAACAAAAAUUAUUAUAUAUUAAAUUAAAUUAACAAAUUUGUAAACUAACACGUAACUCGCGAAAAUUAAACAACACAAAAUCACCCACACACAAAAAAAAACACACACACACAUACACAAUGGCAUCUCGCAAGAACGCAAAAUUCUCCACCAAAAUCCAGUUCUAUCUGAAACACAGGGAAUCGCGAAUACUGAAGCUAUGCAACGACACAAUCGGUCCCGUACCGAACGAUUCUCUCACCAGAGCCAUCUUCAAGCUGCUGUCGAAGCCGGUGGACAACAAGCGAAUCAUUCAGCUCCUCGCCGACAAGAAACGCUCCUCCACCAAAUCGACUGCUUCGCACAGCACCAUGAAGACGCCCCAAACGGCAACGCCCACGACGACGACGUUCACAUCAACGGCUUUCCCGGGCCUCCCACUGGUAACCGGCACCGGUACGACAUCCUCGGUGACGGUUCCCGGUACCGGUUUAGGUGCCGCCGUGUCCCUGCCCGAGUAUCAGAAGGAAGUGGAACGGUUUCGUGGGCGCAUCAUCUGCCAGGACAACACCUGCAUCAUCGAUCCAGCGGCUUCUCUUAAGAACGACAACAAUUCAAAUCCUCGCACUCACUCCUUCCGAAUUGUCUCGUUUAGCAAGGAGGGCGGCAGCAAUGGUAGCAGUAGUCACAAGGCAUCCUCAUCAUCGGACUGUUCCUCGUCGCCACUUGGCGGUGAUGGUGGACGAGAUUCCGUGGACGAACAGGUUCGCAAUCUCGGUUCACCGUUGGCCGCGUCGACACAAGCUGGCCACAAGGCGAUUCUGAUGUGCUUCAGUUGUAAGCUUAGCUUCGGUACGUGUCGGUCGUUCAUCGCCCAUGCCAAGAUGGAGCACAGUCUAACGCUGAACGACUACGAGCGGAUGUUGCUCGAGAAAAACUACAGCAGUGCCAUUAUCCAGACCAACACGGAGAGGCAGUUUUACUUUCUGGUUCCUUUCGAAGAGAAAUCUUCAGCCAACAGCAUCCCUAGCAUUAAGUCUUCGGUGGAAAGCGGUGAGGAGAGGUUCAAGAGUAGUAUCAGUCACAGUCUCAGCAGCGGUAGUGGCGGAGGAAGUCAACAGCUGUCACCUCAGCAGCAACAGGUGCAACAAAUUCAGUCAUCUGUCACAACGCCGGAGAAAAGCCCCGGUUCCAUCAGCUUCGAUGGUGGCUUUCCCAAACUCACACCUAGCAGUAUGCUCUACGACAUGGACAACAAACUGCAGGCGAGUUGGAAACUAGCCGCCGAGAAGUACAACAAUGCCAUGAACGAAAGUGUGGCGGCCGCGGCGGCGGCUGCUGCAGUAGCAGCGGCUCAAGAAGAGAAGAACGCUGCCAGCGGGAAGUUGUUGACCGAUUUUCUGACACAACAGAAGAUGCUGUCGGCUGCGGAAAAUCUGUACAACAAACAAAACAAGUUCCUGGAAUUGAUGAACACCAACCCGUUAGCGGCGGCCGCCGCAAAAGCAGCGGCAGUCACGGGGACGGGCGUCGAUGGAUCUAGCGAUUUUCAAAUGGCCAAAAAGUACAAUGCAAUGGAUCUCUACAAGCAACUGAUGGCAGCGAACAAUUUCCGACCCGAGGGACUGGACCUGAAAGAAGAACUUAAAAGCGAGCAUCAGAUAAGCGUUAAGAAACUAGAGACUGAACCGUCGGCUGCAUUUCGCAAUAGCAAUUUUGCGCCAAAUAUUUCCACGAGGAAUUCGUGUAAGACUUUAAAAUGUCCCCAGUGCAACUGGCACUAUAAGUACCAGGAAACGCUGGAGAUUCAUAUGCGGGAAAAGCAUCCAGACGGGGAGACAGCGUGCAGUUACUGCCUAGCAGGACAGCAACAUCCGCGGCUCGCUAGAGGCGAAUCUUACACCUGCGGUUACAAACCAUAUCGUUGCGACAUCUGUAACUAUUCCACCACCACCAAGGGUAACCUGUCUAUUCACAUGCAGAGCGACAAGCAUCUGAAUAACAUGCAAGACUUGAACGGUAUGAUGAACAAGGGUAGUCAGAACUUCCUGAAUCUUGCGACCCUUCAGGCGACCGAGAAGGUUAACACAUCUCGCAACCAAUACAUGCAAUCCACCUCGCCGCUGUCUUUAACCACCAAACUAACCCAGUCUCCCAAAGAAUCUCAGCCCAGCAGCUACGAGUCCAGCCGGCCAAAAUCUUUCUUCAAAUGCGACAUCUGCAACUACGACACCAACAUAGCGAGGAAUCUCCGGAUUCACAUGACUAGUGAAAAACAUAUCAGCAACCUCAACUCGCUACAGUCCAGUUACAGCCAGCUGAAAAACCUCCAGAAUAUGUCCUCCGCCGAAAAUCUCGACUAUCUGAGCGCCCUGAACCUGAACGCACUGAAGGAAGAAUCACCGUUGAGCCGAGUCGAAGACUACAGUAACAGUUCCCUUAAACCUCUUUCGAUGGUAUCCUCUCCGUUUGCUUCUAUCGAAUCAACCCCACCGAUCAGCACAGCCAACAGUACACCGACUCCGGAGUCCCUGUUCCUGAAUAACCCGUCCCCUUUCUCCGGCAGUAGCGAUACCGAUCGACUUGCGGCCGGUGAGUUCCACCAGCUGGACGAAGACAAGAAUCCGCUACACUUCGAACCUCCGAUCAGAAUCACACUGGAUCCAUCGACUUACUACACCUGUUUGAUUUGUUCGGACUUCGAUACCAACAACCUGGAAGAGCUGAAGAAGCACGUGAUCAAGGACCGUUUGACAUCGAACAUUGCAAUGGAUACAAUAGUGAUCGCAGCGGCUAGCUGCGAGUGCCUCCUGUGUGGCUUUCGUUCGCAAACCGCGGACAAGCACGACCUCGAACGCCACCUGAAAACGGAAGCUCACCUCAAACGGCUUGAUCUGAUGAUUCAUCUGCUCGAAGGACGGGACAAAGCGAUCGGCAAGUUGCGCCAGUUUUGCGGUUCCGAACUGUACAAGAAACUCUCGCUGAUCUUCCCACUCGCGGAGGAAUCGAAAUUUCCGUACGAAGAAAUGCCAAGCAUUGGUGAAAUUUCGCGUUCUCCGCUAUCGCUGCUGCUGGAACCGAAGACUGAACUGGUCGAACGGGAAUUCGGCACCAGCAAUGGGAUCGAUAACGAAGGUUGUCAACCACAUCCGGACAAUGUGCAAAUAAAAUGCAACUGCUGCAACUACUACACAACCUCGUUGGAGAAAAUCGGCAUUCACAGUCUGUCGGAGAAGCACAUUUUCCGGCGGAUCUGUUUCGACUACUUGCUGCUUAUCUCCAGCGAAAAGAAUUCCACCGGCGGAGGUUCACUCAGUCCGCUGAAUCUGCAGCAGCAACAUGGCAUGAAAAGUGAAGAAAAUCGUCCGGGAAGUGCUGGUAGCGGUCCUCUGCUUCGACCAGGCCAUUUGAUGCUAACCUGUGUUCCGUGCGGUUACAAGACCGAUCAUAUCUACUACAUGAUCCACCAUCUGCGGAAGUCUUGCAAGGUGGAGCAGAACAUCAACCUGCUCGGACUGCGCAACAUCUUCAAGUUGACCCCGAAGGGCGCCGAUUCCCAGGAUGCAAUGGACUCGGCCUCGGCGGCUACCGGGGACAACAACAAUGGCACAACGGCACUCGGUACACUGUGCAGUAUCCUGCAGGAGAAGAAACCGUGGAACGGAGAAAACUGCAACGGGAAAAGCGGUAGUGGUACGACCGGUAACGUCGGUUCGGGUGGCAGCGGUGGCGGCAAUGGCGACGGGACUUGUAAGGACCGGUGUUUGGUUUGUAGCGUUUGUAACAAUUUCUCGUCGAAGAAGAUCAACGUCAUGCAGCACCUGUUGGCGAAUCACAACGUUGGCAACGAACUUCUGGCCCAGGAUUUCUCCAGUAUGAGUGUACCUUCCGCAAUUCAGAAGAAACCGUUCGAUUAUCUGCGUACCCUGACCGAGGCCAGGAGUGCCCAAAAUCUGCGGUUGAUCGAAAAGGUAACCUUUAUGAAUGACACUUCGGCGUUCAAGGAAAACUGCAACGAUCUGAAGCACGGUAAUUUGGCGGAGAUUCUGGAAACCUACAUGGGAGGUGCCGGUGGAAAGGAUGGUGGAGAGAAGCAGGAAAAACAUCAGGUACAGACGGUGUCCUGUCCGCUGUGCCCGGAAACGUUUCUGGAUCAGGUUAACGUGGAGACGCACGUGAUCCGAGUUCACAACAUUAAGAUGGAAGGCUUGAACCGACUGCUGAAGCUGGUUGAUACCUCGCAAUUUCUAAAGACCACCAAACAACAGCAGCUUGGCAGCAGUCCGGACAAGUCGCCGAAGAAGGAAACCUCACCCUCGCCGGAAAUCAAAUGCUCCUUCUGUAAGGUCUGCUUCGACUCGAUGGUAGACCUGAAAAUACACUGCAACGAAAGUAAUCACUUCAAACGGAACGCCGACUCGGAGGAUCUCGCUUGCUUCCUGAACGACUGCAAGGACGCAUUCGACAAUCUCGCCGACCUACAUCAGCACUUUAAGGCAAACCAUCUCAACUUUCUGAUCUCGGAGAAUCACACCUACAAAUACCGCUGCAAACUGUGCCCGUUCGCUUUCAAAACUCACGAGAAACUCAAUCGCCAUCUAUUUUAUCACUCGCUCCGGGAAUCGACAAAGUGUUUCUACUGCGAUGCCACCUUCAAGAACAUCAACUCCCUGACGAGCCACAUCACGGAAAAGCAUCCGCAGGAAUCUACCGCACAGAAGGGCGCAACGGACUCGCAGCAGGAAUCUACAUCGAUUCUUUUCUUCAAGGAUUUGAAACGGAAGAUGAUGAACAACAAGAACGGGAUGAGUCCGAAGUCGGAUCGAAGUCAGACCCGGGACAGUGCGGACGAAGAUCGGCUGAGUGAGAAGUCGAUGAGUAGCAAGAGUAGUCUGUACUACGAUAAAAGUUUGGACGGUUCGGAUGGUGGCGGAACGGGAGGGGGAGGAAAGCUCUCCUGCAUGGAUUGUCGAUUCAACUUCACCGACACGGCAGCUCUCGAGCGGCAUAUGGCCACGGCAUUCCAUAUGUCGAAAGAGAAGGAAAAAGCCGCAGCGGACAGCCUGGCCGGUAUGGUCAACAAACAGCAGCUGUUCUACGACAUCAAAUCGGAGAAGUUCACCAACCCGAACCGGCCGUUCAAGUGUACGAUCUGUAUGGAAAGUUUCACGCAAAAGAACAUCCUCCUGGUGCACUACAACAGUGUGUCACAUCUGAACAAGCUGAAGAAACUUAAGUCCGACAAGCAACAGCAGCAGCAGCAGCAUCAGUUUCCGUUUCAGAUUGGGGCUUCCAUGGGAGACGGAGGAGAUGGAUGCGAACAUGGGGACAGACAGUCGAUGGAUUUCAAACCGUUUGGGCUGCAAAUGUUCGGCGAAGGAGGCGAGAAAAGGAAGGAUCUGGAAGAGAAGGAAAUGGCUCGGAAGAAAUUUAAAUGUGACAUUUGCAACGUCGCAUACACGCAGGGCAGUACGUUGGAUAUUCACAUGCGAAGUGUGCUGCAUCAGACCCGAGCAUGUAGACUACAGGAAAGAAGCAUGUUCAGCAACCAACUGCAACCCGUCGAUAGCAAGAAGAAACCUGAAUUCUCCCUAAUCCAUACCAUUCCGGAAAGCCACGAAUCUCCCAACUUCAUCGAUGAUACCCCGUUACGUAAACUGAAAUCCCCGGCUGACCUUCAACAGCAACAUCAGCAACUACAACAACAGCAGCAGCAGCAGCAAACUAUCCAACCGGCACCACUCACUCCACAGCCUCCUAUGUUGAAUCCGAUGAUGGGAGCACUGGGCCUUGGAACGGGUGUCGCUGCGAUGGAGAAACCGGAAAUCGUUAUCUGCGAAUGCUGUUUCCAGGUGUUCCCCAACAAAUCCACUCUGGAGACUCAUCUGGAACUGAGUCCGGAGUGUUUGGCUGUCAAGAAAAAACUGUUGGAAGGCAAUAAUCCAACGCCGGAAAGUUUCGUCGAAAAUUUCCAACAACAGCAAGUCUUGAAUGACCUCGCCAAGGUAAACCCUUUACCAGGGUUCGAUCUUUCGCCGGAAGCACUGCUGGGGAAGAGUCCGUUUCCGCUGGAUCCAACUGCAAACCUUAUGGAUCCCAAUUUCUUGAAGAACGCCUCGCUGUUACAGUUCGCAACCGAUCCGAACAACAAGCUCGGUCCGAACGCUCUGAACGUUCUGAACUUUAUGCACUUUCAUCAUCUCAUGUCCCUUAGCUAUCUAAACCUCGCUCCCCAGCUGAACUUUGGUGCUGUACCUCAGAAAGUCCCGGACAUGACGGCUAAAAACGACCUGGAAAAAGUCAUACCGGUUGAUAAGACCAAACUGCCUCCGGGAAUGCUACAGUCCAAUCUCAACGGGAAACCUCCGCUAGAUAUGAACAUGCUGGCACAUAACCUCGAGAACAAAAUGCCACCUCAGCCUCCGCAACAGCAACCUUGCACCCAGAAACGCGCUCGAACUCGCAUAACCGACGAACAGCUGCGCAUUCUACGCUCCCACUUUGAUAUCAACAAUUCGCCCAGUGAAGAAAGCAUCCAGGAGAUGUCUCUGAAGGCUAACCUUCCACCGAAAGUCGUCAAGCAUUGGUUCCGCAAUACCCUGUUCAAGGAGCGACAACGUUCCAAGGAUAGUCCGUACAAUUUUAGUAUUCCACCUUCUACGAAGCUCAACGUAGAGGAAUACGAACGCACCGGUGAGACCAAGGUCGUUGAUUUGGACACCUCAUUCAAAUCUAACGAUUCCCAGGACACCUCGCAGAAUGCGGUUGAUCUGAAGAUGAACGAAAUGAAGCAGAGUUUCUCCAAAUCGCUGAUGGAGUCGUUGUCAAAGCAUCAGGCGACCCAGGAACUGGGAAACUUCCAGUUGAACAAAAAUCUCUUUCCGGACAACUUCGGCAAUGACUUCCAAACUCAACAUGAGCAAGCCUCCCAACUACAAGCCAAUGUAGCUAAUUUUUUCUCCCAAGCUCCCGAGCUGAAUCUGAACAACCUUGGAAAAGAGCUGAUGUCAAACAAAAAGAAAAAAAUCAAAUCCGAAAAUUCCUCCAACGCUUCCCCGAUUCCAGCCGAUCUUCAGAUCGAUUCCAGCAAUUCCAGUCCUCUUCCGAUGCGCCCACCGAGUGCCAUUUCUUUGAAAAAGCAUAUGGAAGCUCGACCGCUCGGUACUCCCGGUCUGAUGGAAGAGAUAAAAAUUCCCAGCCCCAUCGAUAGUCCCGUGAUUUCUCCACCGUCGUCGAUUUCCAGCGGAAUGCACCAGCAGAUGGCCCAGAAUCAAGCGAUCACCUGCUCCAACGGGAAACGGGCCAAUCGAACUCGGUUCACCGACUACCAGAUCAAGGUGCUGCAGGAGUUCUUCGAGAACAACUCGUACCCGAAAGAUAGCGAUUUGGAGUAUUUGAGUAAGCUGUUGAUGCUUUCGCCGCGAGUGAUCGUCGUGUGGUUCCAGAACGCUCGUCAAAAACAACGCAAAAUCUACGAGAACCAACCGAACCCGACCUUCGAAACGGACGAGAAGAAGGCCAUCAACAUCAACUACACCUGCAAGAAGUGCAACCUGGUUUUCCAGCGGUACUACGAACUGAUCCGUCAUCAGAAGAACCACUGCUUCAAGGAGGAAAGCAACAAACGAUCGGCCAAGGCUCAGCUUGCAGCCGCUCAGAUCGCUCAUUCCUUCACCAGUGGCAGUGAGGACUCCGAUUCCAGCCUGGACGUCAGCCGUCGAGACUUCCAACCGCGUGAGAACGACUGCCCCUUCUAAUGGAAGGCCUUUCCCAACUAUCAUUGAGCUUUUGUUGUACCGCUAGCGCCACAACUCUCGCAGAUUCCGUUCUCGGUUGUCGAUCCUUUUGGGUUGGUCGAUCGAAAUUCUACCCUCUACUUUUAGUACUCGAUGUCGAUUCUCGACACUAUAAUGUUUUAGCGUUUCUCAGGAUUUACUUUUAAUUAUCUUCCAGUGAAUAGCGGUUCAACUUGAACCGCUAGUAAACGUACAGUUUUACUGUACUUGAUUUCCUCGAUCUUAAAAUUGCGCCUUAAUUAGCAGGGUUCCCUGAUAUUUCGGGCGAAAUCCAGACACGGUUUACUAGCCGUCCUCAGAUCGUGGUUGGUAAUGAAAUUGGCUACAAAUAUUCAUUUAUCUUGAGUACACAUACUCCAUAAUUUUGGAUUCGUUUUGUCAUUGACUCAGUGUUGCUCUAGUAAAUCAAUUUGACCUGCUAGGCACGGUUGAGUCGAAGCCGAAAUGAUAACAAAAAUGAUAAGUUGUAACCAAUUUCCUAAUCAACUAUUUCCCAGUGAUUUUUUCAACAUUCCAACAAUCUAUUUUUUGUUUAAUCCUAGGUAAGUAGCGCUGGCGCUUUCUUAUGUUUCGGUCCUAAUUUUUUUUUAUUUGAGUGAUUUAUCAUUUUAAAAUUGACAGCAUUUCCUACGAAUGAAAAAAAAACGAAAAAAACAUUUUCUCUUCCUCUCGCAAAAAAGUUACUAUUUUCUAAAGAAAGACUAUUUUGAUAUACAAACAAAAAAAAAACACCGUGAAAAAUCCCCGCAUCAAAUGUAAUGUGAAAGUUCCUAAACUGAAAGCAAGCGAAAGAAAGAUAUAUUAGCCUAUAAACAAAAAUGAAAACAAAAAAAAACAAUACAAACACAAUGUUUUGUAACUGAUUUGCCAUAAUUGUGAAUUGUGAAUGGUACGAACGUGAAACAAAAGAGAGAGAGAAAGGAAGAAAGAAAGAAAAGCAUUACAGCAAGCAGAAGAAACCAGUGAAACAAGAACUGCUACAUUGAAAACAGAUAGAUAAUUAUAUUGUUUUGUCAGUUUUUUGAUUAUUGAGAAUUUUAUUAUAAACAGCAGGCGAAAUAAAAUCCAAACAACAUCAUGGAGAUUGUUAUCGAAAAAAAAAACUAA